AUGACUGCCAGUCGGGUACUCGUUUACGGAGGAAGAGGUGCAUUGGGUAGCAAAAUUGUUCAGCAUUUCACUUCUAAAGGAUGGGUGAGUGCUAUACGUGUUAUUUUUUUCGUAUAGAAUACAAUUACGAAAGAAUUGUGAGUCGUUGCUUGCACCAGUGUCUAUUUGCAAUAACCACUUGUUGAGUAGGCCUAGCCCUAGCCUAGAUGCUAUGGUAAGAAGCAAGGAAACGGAAAUUAAACCAAAUGAAAUUGUCAUCAAGACGUUUCAACGCUGCCAGCCCAGAACUAUCAGAAAACAUAUAAUGUUAUAAUUUACUUAGUCUACUUUGACUUGCAUGUCGAAUAAAUAGCCGACUUUGAAGGAUAGUUCGAUAUCAUCAUCCUAUUUUCCAUAGAAUGCAAAUGUUUCAUGCUCUGUUGUUCUUUCUUUCUUUUCCAAUAGUGGGUAGCCAGCGUCGAUAUCGUUGCCAAUGAGGAGGCAAACGCGAACGUGCUGGUGAAGUUGUCGGAGUCAUUUACCGAGCAAGCGGGACAGGUAGGAGGAGCGCGCUUUCACCUGCUCAAUCUGUGAUGUUUACGGUUAUGGUUUAUUGAAUGCUCCGAUGUCAAGGGAAACAAUCAUUGACUUUCCAUUUGCAAAACGCUGGAUAAUUACUGUAAUUUCUAUGCCACGAUCGAAAACUCUGAUCAUUGGUUAUAAUGCUGUUGCAUAUAGACCUAUUUUAUUAAUUGCACCAUUGAAUUCGUCUUUUUAAACAGCAAAAUUGGUAUUUUCAUUAUUGUACUAGCUAGAUGGGAACAAAAUUGUAAACACAGCAAGUGGUGACAUUCCAAAUGAUAAAAGAUGUAUUCAAAUGACAUGUUAUAUUAGCAAAACACCCAGACUCGAGCCCGUUUUAAUAGACUAUCUCUUGCUGCAGGUGACAGCAGAUGUGGCCCAGUUGCUAGGGGACCAGAAAGUGGAUGCCAUCUUGUGUGUGGCAGGCGGAUGGGCGGGAGGCAAUUGCAGCUCCAAAGGUUCAAGAGCGUUUCCCUGAGAUAUCAUCAGUUCAUUUUGAACACACACUGUGAUAUGAAUCCUAGGUACCCUGUGGUUCAGUUGUUGGCACUUGCAACGCCAGGGUUGUGGGUUCGAUUCCCUUGGGGGACCAGUACAAACAAAAUAUGAAAAUGUAUGCACUCACUACUGUAAGUCGCUCUGGAUAAGAGUGUCUGCUAAAAUGUAAAUAUCUCCCUUUAAACAUCAAACCCCCUUUCAAACCAACUUCCCCUUAGGCUGAAUUCUCAUCCGGCAUUCAAUAGGGAUGUUUGUUUGUUCCAUUUAAUUAUAUGGUUAAUUCAUUAUUACAAUGUUGUUCCUCAAACAUAUUCUCUUAUGUAUGUUGUUUUCAGACCUGUACAAAAACACAGACAUGAUGUGGAAACAGAGUGUGUGGACCUCUGCCAUCUCUAGCCAUCUGGCUGCUGUGCACCUGAAGCAGGGUGGACUGCUGACUCUGGCUGGGGCUAAAGCAUCACUGGGUGGUACUAGCAGUAAGACGCCACUUACCUCUACUCUACUCCACUGGUAUUCUAUUCUACUGGUGUUCUAUUCUAUUCUACUGGUGUUCUAUUCUAUUCUACUGGUGUUCUAUUCUAUUCUACUGGUGUUCUAUUCUAUUCUACUGGUGUUCUAUUCUAUUCUACUGGUGUUCUAUUCUAUUCUACUGGUAUUCGAUUUGAUUCUACUGGCAUUCUAUUAUUAAUUUUUGGCAUUUUGGUCAUAAUUUAAGGUUAGGGUUAGGCAUUAGGGUGAGCAGUGUGGUUAAGGUUAGGUUUAAAAUCAGAUUUUAUGAAUUUGUGGCUGUGCCAGCUAGUGGCCACUCUGCAGAGCUGCCUCCAGUACAUCUCAGUAAAUGCCAACCUGCUAUUAUUUUCUCCUGUAAUGUUGUCAUGCUGACCCUGUUUGACUGUGCCUCUGUUCUGACCACCGUUUCAUUCCGACUUUGAUGUUUAAGGGACUUUGGCUUACAUCUACUGUCGUCACGACUUAGGCAACCAAAACAAAUAGCAGCUUACGUAAUCAGACUAUUUGUAAAACACGGAACCCAUGAAAUACAAAAAAUACUAUGAUAUGUGAGAUGAAAUGAAAAUAUGAGUAACGUUGAAUAUUAUAUGUAUUUGAUAUACAUGGUGAUAUUUUAAUGAUGUCAGACAAUAAUGAGGAGAGAAAUUGUUACUACUAUGGUUUUUCAAGCAAUGCUGUCUGGCAUUUUAAACCUGACCCAGUAUGCAUGUGAUGGUACCUAUAGGACCCAACACCCAUGCCAUUCCCUGUGUGGUGUGUUACCCAUGUGAUGGUCAUGAGAACAAUAUAAAUCCUGACACUAGGGCACCUAAAAUCACUGAUCAGCAGUCGGUAGAAAGCCUCCACUCUCAUUGGCUGUUAGGUUGGGGAGGAGAAUGAAUCAGCAGAAUUUUGGUCUCUCCACAUGUGGACAUGGUUAGAGUGUGUUGUGCUGUUUUCCCAUUGAAAUGUAGCUUACUGUAGAAACUAGUGCUUCACUAGACACAGGCCAGGAAACUGUAGGGAUUUCCUUCACAGGUUUGGUUUAGAUUACUUUUUUGACAGCGGUAUGUCUAAUAUUAUUUGGGAUGUUUCCUAUAGUUUAACUCUCACCUGUGUGUUUUUUUAACAUAAAAUAUGAAUAAGGUUUUGAUAUUGAAGAAUGUAUGUCUAUAUUUAUUUUAAUUCAAAAAGGAUCUACAGUAUUUACCCUGUUUUACAAAGUCUAUGAUAUAGCCCACAAGAUUUACAGAUUUUCAUGGUAAUGCUCAGAGCUGCCUUUUGGAAGAAGUGUGUGAGUCUUAGAAAUACAUCUUUAAAACUACCAUUAAUUUACUGUAGAUAAAACAUUUCCCCCAUGCCUUUAUCCAACAGGUACUGCAAGUGCAUCGAUUGCCUUAUGCCUAUUUACAUUUACAUUUUUUACAUUUUAGUCAUUUAGCAGACGCUCUUAUCCAGAGCGACUUACAGUUAGUGAGUGCAAACAUUUUUAUUUAUUUUUCAUACUGGAAUCGAACCCACAACCCUGGCGUUGCAAAUGCCAUGCUCUACCAACUGAGCUACAUCCCUGUCGGCCAUUCCCUCCCCUACCCUGGACAACGCUAGGCCAAUUGUGCGCCGCCCCAUGGGUCUCCCGGUCGCGGCCGGCUACGACAGAGCCUGGAUUCGAACCAGGAUAGCACUGCGAUGCAGAGAGAGAGAGAGAGAGAGAGAGAGAGAUGGGAGAAUUAGAGGGUGCAUACUUAAGAUCACAUAGGACACCAGGUAAGACAGGAGAAUUACACAAGAUAGGACAGACUGACCCUAGCCCCCCGACACAUAAGCUAUUGCAGCAUAGAUACUGGAGACUGAGACAGAGGGGGUUGGGGGACACUGUGGCCCUGUCCGGCAGGAUAUAACCCCACCCACUUUGCCAAAGCACAGCCCCCACACCACCAGAGGGAUAUCAACUGACCACCAACUUAGUACCCUGAGACAAGGCCGAGUACAGCCCACAAAGAUUUCCCCCACCGCACUAGCCCGAGGGGUCGCAAAACCAGACAGGAAGGUCACGUCAGUGACUCAACCCAGUCAAGUCUAGUACAGCGAAAAAAGCAUGGCACGUGACGAACCCAUCCUAGGGAUGGCAUGGGAGUGCACUAGCAAGCCAGUGACUCAUCCCCCGUAAUUGGGUCAGAGGCUGAGAAACCCAGUGGAGAGAGGGGAGCCGGUCAGGCAGAGAUAGCAAUGGUGGUUCGUCACUCCAGUGCCUUGCCAUUCACCUUCGCACCCCUGGGCCAGACUACACUCAAUCAUAGGACCUACUGAAGAGAUUAGUCUUCAGUAAAGACUUAAAGGUUGAGACAGAGUCUGCAUCUCUCACAUGGAUAGGCAGACCAUUCCAUAAAAACGUAGCUCUAUAGGAGAAAGCCCUGUCUCCAGCUGUUUGCUUAGAAAUUCUAGGAACAAUAAGGAGGCCUGCGUUUUGUGACCGCAGCGUACGUGUAGGUAUGUCCGGUAGGACCAAAUCAGAGAGAUAGGUAGGAGCAAGUCCAUGUCCUUUGUAGGUUAGCAGUAAAACCUUGAAAUCAGCCCUAGCCUUAACAGGAAGCCAGAGGCUAACACUGGAGUAAUACUGUAUGAUCAGAUGCUUUGAUUCUAGUCAAGAUUCUAGCAGACGUAUUUAGCACUAGUGCUUUAUCCGGGUAGCUGGAGAGUAGAGCAUUGCAGUAGUAUAAUCUUGAAGUGACAAACGCAUGGAUUAGGUUUUCUGCAUAAUUUUUGGACAAAAAGUUUCCGAUUUUUGUAAUGUUACGAACAUUUAAAAAAAGCUGCUCUUGAAAUAUUUUGGAUAUCAUAAUACAAAUGCUCUGUACUACUGACAAAAACAAGACAUUGGAAGAUAGUAGUAGUGCUUGAAGAUUGCAUGUGUUUAGGGGUUAUUUGUGCUUAUAUUUGAGCAUAAUAUUAGCUUUAAUACUUAAGAGCUUACUGGUUAAUAGUGUGUCUGAUCUAAAGACAUUCUCAACCAGCUUUACUGAGUUUUCUAUGGUGAUAUACUGCCUUUGGGCAGUUUGGUGUCCAGUGGUAUCUUAGGGACAGCUGGUCUUGCCAGUGGUGUCUUAGGGACAGCUGGUCUUGCCAGUGGUGUCUCAGCGACAGCUGAUCUUGCCAGUGGUGUUUUAGGGACAGCUGGUCUUGCCAGUGGUGUCUUAGGGACAGCUGGUCUUGCCAGUGGUGUCUCAGCGACAGCUGAUCUUGCCAGUGGUGUUUUAGGGACAGCUGAUCUUGCCAGUGGUGUUUUAGGGACAGCUGGUCUUGCCAGUGGUGUCUUAGGGACAACUGGUCUUGCAAAGCCAGAUGCAGACUAAAGGAAAGCUACAUUGUAGACAUUUCAUUGUGGACUUAAAUAUUUGGGGUUGAUUUGGGGUUAAAGACUGAGGCUAGUUAACCAUGUGAGAACCCUAUGACCCUAACCCUUGACCCUAGAUUUAAAAGUCAAGUUGCACUGUCAAAUAUCAUUGAUUUAACUUUUGGGUGAUUCAGCACGCAAGUCUGUUAAUGCUCUUUGGGGAAAUGGAUUCUGAAGGCACUUCCUAUAAACCAUCUUAACGAUAGCAAUUUGGAGUGCAUCUAUGUAAAAAAUAAAAAAAAAAAACUGACAGUCUCUCCCCACUCAAAGUCUAUGUGUUCCAUUAAGAAAUAGGUUCCAGUUCUUCAGUUUAGUAGUAUCUUGGAGAGAAAAUGUAAUUGAAUGAAAAAGAGCUAACUCUCCACCCCUUUCUCUCAUUGGUCCAUUUUUCAAAGGUAGCUGUGGCAUGCCUCUGCCAUUUCUUUCAAAAAGUGUUUCUAAUUGGAAAAUGCUGCUUAUUGUUUCCAGAUGCUACAAACACAAACAUUGAUGGGAAGUCAAAAGCAUGCCUGUGAAACAAGCAGUCAUCUCUCAAUACUGUCAUGGGAAAAGUUUGGGAACCAAAAACACCCAGAAUAUUUGUCCAUAGUAUAUAAACAGGAAGUUAUAAAUGUGUAGUAAAUGUAUGUUGACUUCAAAAUAUACUAUAUGUUUGUAAUAUCACAUAUAUAUGACUUUGUAAAACUGGUUUUUGUGUAUAUUUCCAUGUCCCUUGUUAUUAUGGUAAGAUUUAUUGGUGUAUGAUUUUAUCUCUCCUAUAUCACUGUCCCUCUCUCCAUCCUUCCCUCUUUCUCUCUCUCCUCAGGCAUGGUGAGCUAUGGCAUGGCCAAGGCAGCAGUCCACCAGCUCUGUCAGAGUCUAGCAGGAGAAGAAAGUGGGAUGCCCCCUGGAGCUGUGGCUGUAGCCAUACUACCGUGAGUAGGCCUAGCGGUUAAGAGCAUUGGGCCAGUAACCGAAAGGUCUCUGGUUCGAAUCCCGAGCCAACUAGGUGAAAAAUCUGUUGAUGUGCCCUUGAGCAAGGCACUUAACCCUAAUUGCUCCUGUAAGUCGCUCUCGCUAAGAGCGUCUGCUAAAUGACUAAAAUGUGAGGCAUCUUGUUGUUUUUAUUACAGUUAAUCAAUUACUAAUUAGGAAUAGGAAAAACCUGCCAAAGAUACCGUUUGUUAUUAUUACAGUUUAUAACCUGCCAAAGAUACCGUUUGUUAUUAUUACAGUUUAUAACCUGCCAAAGAUACCGUUUGUUAUUAUUACAGUUUAUUACUUACUAAUUAUGAAUAGGAAUAGGAAAAACCUUCACUCAUUGGAAAUAGUCAUUAGGAAUGAAAUGUAUUUGCAACAACAGAGGUCAAAGUUUACAUUACGAAUACAUUACAUGUAUUCACCUCAUGAGCAUCUAUCUGUAUACACAGUUUCAUUGAUUAACACAUGGAUGUAAAGCACUUUUUUGCACUGUCAGCAUGAGAAGCCUGUAUCUGAGUUUUGUAGUCAAUAUUCUCAGGGCUCUGUUAUGGUACAUUCCAAUUGCAUGAGGUUGGACUGAGGCCACCUGCCAGGCUACUACUAGCUGUCACAUAUGGUCAGCAUUACCCCCAUGACUUGCAGUUCUUCUGCACUACCAAUACGUAUAGGAGGGUUGCUUUAUUCACUGCAACUGUGCACAAAAGACUGUAGACUGCAUCUGUGCACAUUCAAAAGACUGUAGACUCCAACUGUGCACAUUCAAACAUACAACUAAUACAACUGAAAUGUAAAAUCAUAUUUCAAUAUAUGCAAGUAUUUAUGUAUCAAUUAUCAUGCUAAUAUAACAGUGAAAGGCCUUCAUCAAAGAGGUUGUUAGAUGCUUGCUGGUGGUAAAUAAGAUAAUAGCGAUAUUAUCUCUACACUUUAGCGUUACUGUUGUUUUUUAGUCUGUAGACAAGGGGCUUACAUGGGCCUGUUACAAUCAGUCCAGGGCAGGAGCUUCAGGCCUCAGGCAGUCAGUUCCUACCACCGCCAGAACAUUGUCAUGUGACUUGAUUACACAGGGUAACCUUGGAUACGCCAAUGAACAGGAAGUUCAUGCCUGAUGCAGACUUUGGUUCCUGGACACCGCUGGAGUACAUUGCAGAGUGAGUGUGAUAUGGUGGAUGAUAGGUUGUUUUCAUUAACUUGUGUUUUUACUGAUCAUUUAGUUGAUCUUGAGAUUUAAAAUUGUAUAUUUAUGCUGUAAGAUGUAAUUAUUCAAAAGGUUUAGAACAUACAGAUGUAUCUCUUUGAUUAAUGUAAGACUAUAAUUAUAGACUAUCUUUUUCUUUUAAAAAAUGUGGUGUAUACCAGUAUUUCACCAGAAGAUGGCAAUGCUGUCAAAUGGCCUGGGAAAAUAGCCUACUCAAUUGUAUUGCAGUAUUACUUGUUAAAAUCAACAUAUUGUCAAAAGAUAUUUAGAGCCAAAUGUCUGGUUUGAAUAAUGCUUUAAUGUGAUUCAAAUGUUAAUUUGAUGGACAUAUCAAUCAACUAAUUAUAAUCUCCAAUCUUAAAUUACUUACAAUACUCUUGACUGGAUAUAGUCUUGGCUUCUAUUACUUGGAUACUCUUUACAGGAUUUACCCAAAUGUGUUUUAAAUGCAAUGAUAACUCUGUACUGUAACUAAUGCACACAAACAUAAAUGAAAUAUACCUUUGUGUAGUUCUAUUCUAAACUAGUGUAUGGAGCCCCUAAAAUAGUUUAUGGAGCCCAUAAAGGAUGUGUUCCUCUUUUCAUGUCAGUUUAGACACAGAGCGCUGAGUCUCUUGUCUCCUCUGUACACGGUAGAGAUAAAAUGGGAUUUGAUCCAGCUUUAUUAUCCCAGAAGUGUUGGACAACAUUAACCCUGCAGAUUACCAGUCGAUCAGAUGAGGGUCUGGGAGUAUAAAUAGAAUAGAAUAGAGAAAUGGGAGGGGCAUUUAAAUGAACACUUUGAUACAGUUCAUCUGCUUAUCAAAUGUCCAUUUGGUGGACUGGUGUAGAAUGUUGACUUUGAAUUGUGAAUAGGCAAUCUCAUAAUAUAGUUGCUGUUGAAAUAGGUCAUUGGCUAACUCAAAUCAACAACAUAACUCAAAUCACGCUAAGAGGCACAGAUAUAAAUUACACUGCUCAAAAAAAUAAAGGGAACACUUAAACAACACAUCCUAGAUCUGAAUGAAUGAAAUAAUCUUAUUAAAUACUUUUUUCUUUACAUAGUUGAAUGUGCUUACAACAAAAUCACACAAAAAUUAUCAAUGGAAAUCAAAUUUAUCAACCCAUGGAGGUCUGGAUUUGGAGUCACCCUCAAAAUUUAAGUGGAAAACCAUACUACAGGCUGAUCCAACUUUGAUGUAAUGUCCUUAAAACAAGUCAAAAUGAGGCUCAGUAGUGUGUGUGGCCUCCACGUGCCUGUAUGACCUCCCUACAACGCCUGGGCAUGCUCCUGAUGAGGUGGCGGAUGGUCUCCUGAGGGAUCUCCUCCCAGACCUGGACUAAAGCAUCCGCCAACUGCUGGACAGUCUGUGGUGCAACGUGGCGUUGGUGGAUGGAGCGAGACAUGAUGUCCCAGAUGUGCUCAAUUGGAUUCAGGUCUGGGGAACGGGCGGUCCAUAGCAUCAAUGCCUUCCUCUUGCAGGAACUGCUGACACACUCCAGCCACAUGAGGUCUAGCAUUGUCUUGCAUUAGGAGGAACCCAGGGCCAACCGCACCAGCAUAUGGUCUCACAAGGGGUCUGAGGAUCUCAUCUCGGUACCUAAUGGCAGUCAGGCUACAUCUGGCGAGCACAUGGAGGGCUGUGCGGCCCCCUAAAGAAAUGCCACCCCACACCAUGACUGACCCACCGCCAAACCGGUCAUGCUGGAGGAUGUUGCAGGCAGCAGAACGUUCUCCACGGCGUCUCCAGACUCUGUCACGUCUGUCACAUGUGCUCAGUGUGAACCUGCUUUCAUCUGUGAAGAGCACAGGGCGCCAGUGGCGAAUUUGCCAAUCUUGGUGUUCUCUGGCAAAUGCCAAACGUCCUGCACGGUGUUGGGCUGUAAGCACAACCCCCACCUGUGGACGUCGGGCCCUCAUACCACCCUCAUGGAGUCUGUUUCUGACCGUUUGAGCAGACACAUGCACAUUUGUGGCCUGCUGGAGGUCAUUUUGCAGGGCUCUGGCAGUGCUCCUCCUGCUCCUCCUUGCACAAAGGCGGAGGUAGCGGUCCUGCUGCUGGGUUGUUGCCCUCCUACGGCCUCCUCCACGUCUCCUGAUGUACUGGCCUGUCUCCUGGUAGUGCCUCCAUGCUCUGGACACUACGCUGACAGACACAGCAAACCUUCUUGCCACAGCUCGCAUUGAUGUGCCAUCCUGGACGAGCUGCACUACCUGAGCCACUUGUGUGGGUUGUAGACUCCGUCUCAUGCUACCACUAGAGUGAAAGCACCGCCAACAUUCAAAAGUGACCAAAACAUCAGCCAGGAAGCAUAGGAACUGAGAAGUGGUCUGUGGUCACCACCUGCAGAACCACUUCUUUAUUGGGGGUGUCUUGCUAAUUGCCUAUAAUUUCCACCUGUUGUCUAUUCCAUUUGCACAACAGCAUGUGAAAUGUAUUGUCAAUCAGUGUUGUUUCCUAAGUGGACAGUUUGAUUUCACAGAAGUGUGAUUGACUUGGAGUUACAUUGUGUUGUUUAAGUGUUCCCUUUAUUUUUUUGAGCAGUGUACAUAAAAGGCAUCAAUAUUGUGGCCUUUUUUGUCUUCUUGAAAUUUCUUCUAGACUUCUAGAAAACAACAUAAUCUCAUCCAGAGCUUAAUUAAAAAGUGGAAUCUCUCUUAUAUCAUAUACUUUAAGCCAGCCAUGUUUCACUUGUACUCACUUACAAGUAGUAACUGCUAGCACCCAUAGUCUAGCCAUCUCAUAGUCUCAUUCUCUUACUUUUCUCUUCUAGAACUUUCUUCAGUUGGGCCACCGGUGCGGAUCGUCCAGCGUCGGGCAGUCUGAUGCAGCUCACCACCACCGGAGGCAAGACACAGGCCCUACCCACACAAUAAGACACAGGCCCUACCCACACAAUAAGACACAGGCCCUACCCACACAAU